UGAUGGAGCGAGCGCGGCUUCAUUAUUACAGCAUAAGAGGUGCGCGCACUCACUUUGAUUUCAAAGGGUGACGUAGACGUCACUUCAGGUCCAGAGAAGUCUAUAAACGGGAGAGCGCAUCAUUUGCUCGCCUUUAAUCCUUCUCGAAAGGCAAGUGAGGAUUAUAAUGGUCAUCAGGGUGUAUGUCGCGUCCUCGUCCGGCUCUGUCGCGGUAAAGAAGCAUCAGCAGGCCGUCGUGGGCUUCCUAGAGUCUAACCGGAUCAACUUUGAAGAGGUCGAUAUCACCAUGCUUGAGGAUCAGAGGCUGUGGAUGUACCAGAACAUUCCUGAAAAGAAACAACCUGAAAAGGGCAAUCCCCUGCCUCCCCAGAUCUUCAAUGGAGACGACUACUGUGGUGACUAUGAAGAUUUCUUCCAGUCUAAAGAGACCAAUACAGUGUCCUCAUUUCUUCGACUGAGCUCUCAGCCCUCGGUGAAGGACUAUGAAUCCUAGAUUGACGUUUCUCGUACUGAACUACUUCGGUAUUGCCUCAUCUUUUGUGAUGUAAUGCUCUUCCUCUGGUUUGGAGCCCUUACUGCCAGCAAUGCUUUUGCAAAACACACUCAGCCCUCUGGUCCAGCUUUUCCUAGGAAACUUCUACCCUUAUAAACAUACAUGUGCAGGUUACAGAUGUUCCCUAAGGACCCAGUGAAUUAUUUAUACAUGUUUUUAGUUAUUGUUUUAGUUGUCGCACAUAUGUUGCAUUAAAUGCCUGAUGUACAAUUCAUAACACAAUGAAGGAAGUGAACUCAGUGUAUUUGUAUGCAUGAGCAUCUAGAGUUAAUUUCCAAACCUACUUAAAGCAUGUGUUGAAUUUGUGCAUUUGCUGAAAGGAUGAUAAAUAUGAGUUGUGUGUUUUGGUGAAUUGUAAACUGUUUGUGUGAUGUUUAAUAAUAAGGAGAUCAAACAGACAGCAGAAAAGAAAUGUGGAGAAGCAUUCCUCAAUCUUUGUUGUUAUUUGAAAAGAAAUGAGUUCAGAUCAGAAGCCAAAACUCUCCCUUGAAACAGGAAAUAACGUUACUUAACUUACGUUAAGAUCUGCUCAGUGUUUUCUCUGUUUAUACUGACAUUUCAGUGCUUUGGUUCAUGAUUUCAAGCCUGUUACUCUUCAUGAUUUGGGCUUUAGUUCCUGCAACAGUCACCAGCCUUUUUUCUGUGGAUCGAAAGUACAAAGAACUCUUAUCAUUUCUCUUUAUUAAUCUUUUUCUCUUUGAUUCUCUGUUAACAUGUUUCAUUUCUUCUCAGGGUAUGUUAAUAUUUGGCAUGUAGCACAUUGCACACGGUGAUGCCUCAACUCAGGCCCGGCUCCAGAUAUUAGAUGAAAGGUGGGCCAAGGGAUUUUCCAGGUGGGCGGAGGGGGGGUAAUAUAUAUAUAUAUAUAUAUAUAUAUAUAUAUAUAUAUAUAAAGUAUAAGUGAAUGAGCUAAGACCCUUUUGCCCAAAGAAAGGGACAAAAGAAAAAUAUCUGGAGCUGACUUGAAUAUCGCAAUAAUUUUGUGAUUGUCUGUUAAGAGACCGUGCCAACUCCAAUGGAAAAGUUUUUUUCACAGCAACGCCGGUUCACGGAUCCUCUCUCUCAACGGCUCUGGGUGGAGGCAGGGUGGGCAAAGCUUCUGAUAGGGUGGGCAAAGCUUCUGAUAGGGUGGGCAAAGCUUCUGAUAGGGUGGGCAAAGCUUCUGAUAGGGUCGGCAAAGCCCCCCCGUGGAGCCGGGCCUGCCCCAACGUCAAGCAAACCGCUUUCUGUAGCUCAUAUUCACAAGCAGCACUUAUGUCCUGAAUCACUGUGGAAAAUAAUUGGUUUACACUGAAAGUUUUUUAUGCUUUAUGUUUACACACAAUCUUCUUUCUAUUUUAUGGUGUUUUUUUCUACAAUUCAUUAUGAUGACCCAUCCAUUCAUUAAAUGAUUCCACAUAAAUAAGCACUGAAUUUAUGCUCUCUCUCUCUCAUGCACACUUCACAUAAGCCAUUUUGUUUUAUGCUACACGUACUGUUAAAUUGAAUCAUUCCUUUUUAAUACGAUACUUUAACUAGCAAAAGUGUACAUAUGAAGUUAUUGUUUACUUUCACAAUGUAAAUGAACAAAUAAAAAUACAAUAAAUCUAAUUUGUGAUAAUGUAAA